AUGCUGGACUUCCUCAAGAUAGACUGGCUCAGUCUAACGAUCCCACUGGCCUAUCUUGCCGUCCUAGUCGGCUCGCUCGCGACAUUCUCUUCCCUCUACCGCAAACGCAAGAUCCAAAAGGCCACUUCCGUAAAGCCAUGGUUCCCAGCACACCUCCAGCGCGAUAUAUAUUUUUCAAUCCUCCACAUGGAGAAGAAGGCACCCGAGACUGUAUUGAAGGCUGCACUACUACACCGCGCAGCAGAAGACAUAAAGCGACUCCUUGAACUCAGGACCAAGAAAGCUGCAUUGGGUUCACUGUUACAGAAGGGUAAUGUGGGUGAUGACCUAUGGCAACAGUUUACCAGAGCCGAGAAAGAAAUGGAAGAAGAAUUCAGAGAUGUGGCCUCAGAGGCCAAUGCUUAUACCCCAGGCUGGGGUCAAGUCAUUUUCCAGUCCGCAAACGAGAUGUUCCUGAAUAAUAUGGCACGCACCGAUAUUAAUGCUUUCCAAGCAACUGUCACAGAAGAAAAGGAAUGGUGGGAUCGCAAACGGGCAAGCAUACAAGAAGGGUUCAUGAAAGAGCUUGAACAAGAGAAGACUGGCACCACAGAAAGUUCCAAAACCAAGGGUGACUCUACGGGCGAUAACACACAGGCUGGCAGUGACGAGGAUACGGUUCUUGUGGAUGCUGCUAGCUCUACUGGCUCCGCAGCUGGUUCUGUGAGCGGAGGGGGUAAGAAGAAAAAGAAGGGAAAGAAAUGA